GGUCACAAGCAACUUUUAAGAAACGUUUUACUUUGGUGUGUCGAGUAAUGACAUUAUAUUUCAGUAACCCUAUAAUUAAGCGUGGUAAUACAAUUAUCACAACAUGCUUAGAAAGUUUACAGAAAAAAGUAAAAUCCUAAAACGUCAUGUUUUUAUGUUUUUUAGCCUUAAACCUAAUGGUUAGUGAUUCAAUUAUAACUCAAACCAGAGUGCUUUGAGACUGUUAGAACUGAUCUGUCAUCUGUGGUCUUAACAGAUCAUGAAAGAAAGUGAAUAAGAAUGAUCUUAAGAACUGUUAAUCACCACGACACUGCUAAUGAUGCGUUAAUAAUGUAAUUGGUUAAUUAAUUAGUUAAUUGGUCACAUGACACCUGUAUGCGGGUGAAGGUCAAUGAAGAGUGAGUAUAAAAGCAGCACAGCUGUGAUUAAAUUUCAAACUGUUUCUGUUUUUAUUAUUGGUGCUGUUGUUGGGCUGUAAGGUCUGUUGAUCAUGUCUGGCCGUGGAAAGAAACUCGCUGUCGCUGCAGGAAAGACCAAAACGUCCGUUACCCGUUCAACGCGCGCGGGCCUUCAGUUUCCGGUGGGCCGCAUCGCGCGUCUCCUGCGGAAGGGAAACUUCGCGACGCGCAUCGGCUCGGGCGCGUCGGUUUAUCUGGCGGCGGUUAUCGAGUAUCUGUGCGCUGAGGUGCUCGAGCUCGCGGGGAACGCGUGCAGAGACAACAAGAAGCUCCGCAUCGCGCCGCGUCACAUUCAGCUGGCGGUGAGAAACGAUGAGGAGUUGAACACGCUGCUGGGCAGCGUCACGAUCAGUGAGGGAGGAGUUCUUCCUAACAUACAAGCGCAAUUGUUGCCCAAAAAAACCAAAGCUCCACGAGACCACAACACCACCAAAGAUGUCCAGUCUCAAGACUUCUGAAGCGCUUUAAAGCACUCUUUAAAAGUUCACUUCUAUUAAUAAAGUUUUAUUUUAAUGUC